AUGUACAUCAGCGAGGCGGACGUAACGACGGAAUUUCACCAGAGAUUGCGCCAUUACCUCAGGAACAGUGGAGUUUGGGCGGUGUUACGGACCUACCUUGAUCUACCGGAAUGGCUCUUAAACACGAACGGAAAGAGUCCGCAACAGAAGGACAUGGAGCCUACUAAGGAUCUGACUCGACGGGCAUCAUCUCCUGCCGUUCACUGCGGAUCAGCUGGACAUACUGCCGAGGCUUGGCUACGAAGCGGAGGUGCUUCGAAAUCUUCCAGAUUCAUGAAUGUCUUCAUAGAUGUUCUACGACUCCUGGCAAUGCACAAGCUCUGCACAUGGAGUUUGGAAGAUGUUCAGUAUGCCGAUCCCGAAAGCGCUGAGCUGAUUCAUCACAUCGUGCAAGCCAAAAUUCCGCUUGUUCUUAUGCUCACGUACAGCGACGAAGAGACCCUACCCCGAGAACUCACCCCACUACUGCGUCACGCUACCAGAGUACAACUUCUUCCUUUUGUAGAGGCCCAGACGGCCGACUACGUGGCUGAGACGCUCCACCGGGACCAUCAGUAUAUCCUUCCUCUAGUAGCGGUAAUUCAGGAGAAGUCUCGAGGCAACCUCUUCUAUAUACGCGAGAUACUAGACACUUGCUAUCGGAAACGCUGUGUGUACUACGAGUGGCGGGAGAACACCUGGGUUUUCGACCUAGACAAAGUCUUCGCCGUUUUCGAGAGUCCAGAGUAUGGGUCAUCUGUUACGACUGACUUUAUAACAAAGCGGUUGACAGAAUUACCAUCUUCCAGUAGGAAGCUCUUGGCAUGGGCAUCCCUCCUGGGCGGCACUUUCUCGUUCGAACUUCUGAAGAAGCUCCUUCAGCCUACCAAUAAGCCCGCAGCUCAUGGGAGGCUACCACUUUUCGAGAGAGACGAGUCUGCCGUCACAGCUCUUGAUGCAGCAUUGAAAGCCUACGUACUCAUGCCUGCUGAACAAGAUGCUCGAUUCAGAUUCAGUCACGAUCGGUACCUUACAGCGGCUGUGAACUCCCUCGACAAGGAAUGGGAUACACAGUUGAUGCACUUCACCAUUGCCAAGAUGAUAACAUCCGGCGAGGAGUAUAACGACGACUCAACGUCAGGUUCCAAGGCGUUGUACAUGCAGAGUCGCCACAUCUGUCUCGCUGCAGAACUGAUCAAGACCAAGGAAACAGUGCGAGCUCCAUUCCGCGAUAUGCUGUAUCAAGCUGGAGAAACUGCAUGCGAGUCGGGCGCGCGAUCAACUGGCAUCUACUAUUUCGCGCACAGCCUCAUGCUUCUGCAAGACGAUCCAUGGAACGACAAUAUGCCGGACGUAUCCUACCAAGAGACGUUGCAACUCUUUGUGCGCUCGGCAGAAUGCUAUUGGCACCAGGGCAUGUUCGAUGAGGCUCUUAGCUUGAUCCGGACGACCUUCCAGCAUGCCCGCGAUCCCUGCGAUAUGGCUAGUUCGUUCAUUCUACAGUCUAGGGUGUUCGCUAUUCGCGGCGACAGUUUCGGUGCGUUCCAGGCUCUCAAAGACUGUUUGUCUUUGCUCAAUUCCCCUAUUCCUCCGACAACAUGGGAGGCGUGCGAUGCUCAGUUUCAGCAGAUAUAUGGCACGCUUCAGAACAUCGAUAAGGAAGAACUGCUCAAGCGGCGUCCGUCUCCUGAUGACCGUGUCCUGAUGACUAUUGGGCCUGUCUUCAUCGAACUCCUUAGUGCGGCGUUCUGGUCGAACAGCCUGCUUUUCUAUCAGGCGACGCUGAAGCUUAUCACCGUCCAUCUCGAAAAGGGUACCAUGUCACAGGUUGCCCUUGCAUACGUGCAUCUGGGCACUGUUGCGGGCGGUCGUUUCGGAAUGACGAAUUUCGCAGUCGACAUGGGUGCGAUUGCAAAGCGAAUAUUUCAGAUGUUUCCUGAAGACUACUACACCCUGGGACGAGGUCAAACUUUGCAGCCAAUGUUCCUGGGUCACUUGGAAGCGCCUGUAGGCGAUCUGAUACCGAGCUUAGAAGCAGCCUUGCAGGCUUCACUAACUGCUGGCGAUCGCAUCCUCACACUUCUGAAUCUUGGUGUACAGGCUCACUUCAGGGUCAUGGCUUCAUACGACGUCGCAGAAUUGGAAGCAUGGAUUGAGGAAACACCGCUCGAUAUGCGAAACUGGCAGAAAGACAUGCGUGGAGGAGUUUUUCUCAUGGCUGCUCGUCAAUAUGCAAGAGCGCUCCAGGGAAAGACUGACUCAAGCAACGCUCUUUCCCUCCUCUCGGAUGACGAUCACAAUGAGGUCGAGUACAUUGAGUUCCUCGAAAAUACGGCCAGCAAUCCCAAGCGUCCCAAGUCUAUCUAUCUUGCAACCAAACUUCCGUUGUUGGUACUCUAUGGUCAUCAUUCGGAUGCAGUGGCUCUUGGGGAGAUGCUACUUCCAAUGCUGAGCAGUCUCUGGUCAGAAAGACUCAAUUACUCGGUUCGAUACUACUUAUCGUUGGCAUACAUGGCUGUCCUCCGAGAGAAGCCCGCUCAUAGCCGGAGAGACGAGAUGGUAAAACAUGUUCAUGAGACCCUCAAAUUGCUCGAGACAUGUUGCACCACCACUGAUGUCAACUACCGGGGCUGGAUACAUCUUCUCACUGCCGUCCUCGGGGAUGUUAAUGCCGAUCCGCAAUCCGCGCUGGAGAAUUAUGAGGCAGCCAUGGAGCAUAGCGAACGUUACGAGUUUGCAUUGGACGAAGCGUUUGCUCUCGAGCUCUACACUGGAUGGUUGGUAGACAAGAAGGCCUACAGGGCGGCCCGACAUUCUUUGAAAGACUGCAUCUCGGUAUAUCGGAGGAUGUCAGCAUAUGGAAAAGCAAAUCACUUCGCGAGUCGGUAUGAGUGGCUAGUGCGUAGCGGCGCCUCGCUCACGACAGUAGACCAAGCUGUACAAACCUCCCUCGUAGACACGGGUAACACGGCCUUCAGGCUGGAGCAAAAUGAUCAUGAUCAAUUCCUAGGCUCGGAGACUGCCGUCGAUCGAACACAGAACUGGAUUGUCCCGGAAACACGGCGCCAAGAGUCUGCUCCAGCUCUACACAACGGUCUCUCGGCUGUAGGUCUGGACAUGCUAGACCUAUCUUCAAUCUUGGAAUCGAGUCAAGUCUUGUCUAGCGAGCUCGUCGUCGAUAAACUGAUGGCAAAGAUGAGUACCAUUUUGCUCGAAUCUACGGGCGGUACCUUGUGCGGCAUAGUGAUUGAAGACUCACAAAUCGAAUGGUCGAUCGCAUGCGUUGCCACCAACGAGCCUGACAACGACAGUGGGGUCUCUUCCGGCGUCACAUCCUUCCCUGCCAGUCAACCUUUAGAUACUGUGGACGAUGUUGUUGCGCGGCAAGUGACGCUCUACACACUCCGCUUCCGAGAGAUAGUCUUCGUCCAGAACCUACUAGAAGACGACCGCUUCUCCAACGUUUCUGACGCCUACCUUCAACGAAAUCCCGAGGGGAAAGCAGUCAUCUGCAUCCCGAUUCUGCACAGCGAUCACCUUCUUGGUUCAAUAUAUGUCGAGGGCCCGCCGAAUUCGUUCACUGAACGUAACACUCAGGUUCUCCGAUUACUGGUCAACCAAAUCUCCAUCUCCCUGGCCAAUGCACUGCUUUUCAAAGAGGUGGAAAGAGUAUCCGCAAGCAACGAAGCAAUGCUUGAGAUGCAGAAACGCGCUUUGUCACAGGCGCGGGCCGCAGAGAUCAAGGCGAAAGAGGCGGAAGCCAUAGCUGUGCGUAACAUGAAGCUCAAGGAAGAAGCCGCCAAGGCAAAGAGUCUGUUCCUUGCCAACGUCUCGCACGAGUUGCGAACUCCCUUGAACGGCGUGAUUGGCAUGUCUGAGCUGUUGAAAGCUUCACCGCUGAACUCAGAACAAUCCGGAUACGCCGAUUCGAUUCGAGUCUGCGCCGAUACAUUGCUCUCGAUCAUAAACGACCUAUUGGACUAUUCCAAGCUCGAAGCUGGCAAGAUGAACGUCUUGGAGAUGCCGAUUUCGUUGAACGAAACGAUUACUGAAGUCGUCCGCGCUCUGGCCUACACGAAUGCCGAAAGAGGCCUCAAAACCAUUGAGCAAUUGUAUCUGGAUCCAGAGAUGCUCGUCAUGGGCGACCCUGUCCGACUGCACCAGAUUCUGAUGAACUUGUUAUCCAACAGCUACAAAUUCACGCCACGUGGAUCUGUCACUGUCCGCGCUGUUCUUGACCAAGAGACAGAUGACUGGGCAGAUAUAACUUGCAGCGUUAUAGAUACUGGCAUCGGUAUCCCAGACGAACAGAAACAGAAAUUGUUCCUCCCUUUCUCGCAGAUAGAGUCAAGCUCCGCUAGGAGUUACGGUGGCACUGGCCUUGGUCUGAGUAUUUGCAAAGCCCUCAUAGAGAACGUUAUGCACGGUACAGUACGUCUCGACAGCCAGCCAGGCCAAGGUACAACGGUCACGUUUUCGUUACGGUUCAAGAAAGUGCCGAAAGCGCAAGCAGGAAGUCAGCAGCAAAGGGCACGAGAGCCAGACCCUAUGGCUAGGUUCUCAAGCCAGGAAAACAAUGGUCAUGAGCAAUUGUCGGGUUCCUGCAUCGAUCUUUCCACGAUACCCAGACGAGAACUACGGGUCUGCAUCGCGGAAGACAACUUGAUUAAUCAGCGCAUCGCAAUCAGCUUCGUGCAAAAGCUUGGCUUCAAAUGCGACGCUUAUCUCGACGGAUACAAGACUAUCGACGCUCUUGAGCGUGCUUCGGAGAAUGGGCGCCCCUUCCAUCUUAUUCUCAUGGAUGUGCAAAUGCCGCAUUGCGAUGGCUACGAAGCUACGAAACUGAUCCGCAAGCAUCCCAAUCCCGAGAUUCGAAAUGUACUCAUCAUUGCCAUGACCGCUUCCGCUAUCCAAGGAGACCGCGAGAAGUGCCUGGAAUCCGGCAUGAACAAUUACCUCGCGAAACCGGUUCGCGCGCAGACGCUCAAAGCGCUACUGGACUCAUACCUGAACAAGAACAAGGAGGUGGAGGAAAUCCCCAAUCUUGCGAUCGAGGCGAAGAAGUUGGUCAAACAAGCAUUGAACGAAGCCGAAGCGCUGCCUGAUGUCACGAGUGGACACAAGGAUCUCGAGAAAGACGUGCAGAAUGGAAAUGCUGCAGAAGACGGGAAGAAGCUUGAAAGGCCGUCCAGCGUUCGUAUGAGCACCACCCAACACAUAUUACCCAACGGCAAGACGGAGACUGUACCGCCUUCCGAGUAA